AGACGAAGACUUGGCAUACAAUUAUCUAUUGAUCUGCCUUUGUCCAAUCAUACCAAUGAGAGCUGAUUGUGUAAAUAAGCUACGUUGAGAGCGGAUGUGGAGGUGGGGUUAGUCUUCCAUUUUAUUUCAAAAUUGUCUGUUUCGCUUUGUACUUGAUCCACAAUAAACCCUUCGCAGUAAGGCACCAUGGUGCGAAAGACCAGUUCUUCCAGGAAUGCUGUAUUGUGCCUCGUUGUCAGUGUUACUUUUUACAUGAGCAUCCCUGUCGUUCUGGCUCAAUUAGAAAACCAGACUGCAGAAUUAUCAAAGCAAAACGGAACUCCUGGAACCCAAAGCCCAUCUUCACACACUUUCUCUAACUCUACUGGAAAUGUAGCUCCUGCCAAUAAGAAUAAGCAGUUUUCUAGUACAACUGCAGCUAGUCACAGCACUGUCCCAGAUGUUACACAGCAAUAUGGAUCUACAGUUGUCAAGACAUCUAAAGUGGUCCAUCAGUCUACCACUGAAAAUGUGAUUACAUCCAGUGAUACCCAGUCAAAUGGGUCUGAUUCCCAAUCCACCGCUGUAAACAAACCUGAUGAAACUAUGUCCACGGCCAGUGAUGGUGCACAUCCGACCCAGCCAAGUGGAUCUGAACUGGCUUCUCAGUCCACCGCUGUAAACAAACCUGAUGAAACGAUGACCACGGCCAGUGGUGGUGCACAUCCGACCCAGCCAAGUGGAUCUGAACUGGCUUCUCAGUCCACCGCUGUAAACAAACCUGAUGAAACGAUGACCACGGCCAGUGGUGGUGCACAUCCGACCCAGCCAAGUGGAUCUGAACUGGCUUCUCAGUCCACCGCUGUAAACAAACCUGAUGAAACGAUGACCACGGCCAGUGGUGGUGCACAUCCGACCCAGCCAAGUGGAUCUGAACUGGCUUCUCAGUCCACCGCUGUAAACAAACCUGAUGAAACGAUGACCACGGCCAGUGGUGGUGCACAUCCGACCCAGCCAAGUGGAUCUGAACUGGCUUCUCAGUCCACCGCUGUAAACAAACCUGACAAAACGAUGACCACAGCCAGUGAUGUUGCAACUGUUGCCCAACCAAGUGUACUUGACACUAGUGCAACAGCCGAAGUGUUCUUGCAAUCUGACAUCAAGAUAGUUGCAAAACCAGCUGUUGAAGACGGUCACUUCAUAAUUUAUCUAAUAGUGGGAUCAAUCCUUUUAUCAGUGGUAUAUAUCAUGUACCACAACAAAAAUAAGAUUGUCUCCUUGUGUCAGAAAGAUGGGCCCAAAAGAACCAGACGGCCAAAAACUUCUGAAUAUCAACGGCUUGAUCAGAACUUGAGUGAAGUUAUCACCAGUCUGAAAAAGAAAACCAACUUUAAGAUGAGCUGAAACCUUUAGAUACAAGCAUUUUGAAAUCUGGCAGAAAAUUCUUAAAUGCCAACAUCUGACUUCAAUGGAAAUAGUUAGGUUAUUAUUACUUGUAGGUCCUUUCAUUGUGCUUUAUUCUGUUUUUUGUAUGUUAGUGACUACACUGUCAUGAUCAAUGUUUAGAAAACUUUUCAAGCAGUGCCAGGGGUUCAUGCUCCUUGUCUUCAUGAAGUAAUGAAAAAAAUAUGCAGAAGACAACUUGUUCUAGUGUGGAAAUAAGCUAAGAAGGAAUUUAGAUUUGAUUUAACUUUUGUGCCUUCUAAAAUCCUAAAUGAGUAUGUUAGCACUGAGGUAUUUUACACCAGUAUGCAGUAUGUCUUAUUGCAACACUGUUUUGAUAGUUGUAGAUAAUUCUUGCCUUAAUACAAUGGCACUUGAGAUCUGUUAAUAAUCAGUGUGAAUCUUGCCUAGUAACUUUUUCCAGCCAGCAUCUAGUUCUUCAAUCUGUGAAGGGAAUGAAAGUAAUUACACAGAGCACUUGGUAAUAUCAAGUUACUUAACCAGAACAGCCAGGUGCUUUAACUUGCAUGCCUCUUAACUAUAUCACCUACUUUUGAGGUGGGAUGAAACUAUUUUGACUUCCUGACAAUACUUGAAGGGAGAAUUUUUAAACAGCCUUUGCACUCACUUUAUGGACCAAAAUGAGCUGACCAAGAAAAUGGUCACUCAACAGACCAAGAAGACACCUUGAUUUAAAUAGUGUAUAGUUUUAACAAAUCAGUGUCAGCAGAAUGUCUAGUAUUCCUGAAAAAAUGAACAAUUAAGGUUUGAUCUCAAUCCUCAUUAAGAGCAGAAAAUUAGGUUGGGUUGAGAGCUUUUUUCCCCUUCUCUCAGACCAACUUUAUGAUGUGUCAUCCUUGAGUUGAGACCACUUUUUGACUAUCAGUAAAUUAGAUGGAUGAAUUGGUAAUGUUCUCCAUAUUUAGUGAUGGAAGUAUCUUAUUUUGUGUGAACAGACCUGAUAAAGGCAUUGUGGAACUUGGACUGAAUGUUUUAUGCCUUGAAACUAAAGUGUGUGUAUAGAAUUGUUUCUUCAAUUGGCUUCAUUUUUAGACUGGGGUUAACAAAUAUAAUGGGCUUGAUUAAAAAUCACUUUAGAUUCAGUGAUCAACUUCAGUGUGUGCAUUAAAUUAAGUUACUUUGGCAAUUUGUCAAAAUGCAAAUUGAAUAUUGUACUGUCUUGCUAUGAAAUUUUCAUGAACCUUGUGUACAGCCCUGUUGCAUCUAAAGGUAUGAUAUCUCAAUUAAAUUUUUGAAUGUU